GUGUAAUUGAUUGAUUAAUUAAUUAAUUGAUUUAGUAGUUCCACUAAUUUGAUUUAAUUCAAUUUAAUUAGAUUGUUGAUGCUUCUGUGAUAUGCAUAUUAUCCAUCUGGCCAUGUUAUUCUCUAUCUGCCUUUCUGUCUCCAAAUCGACCCAACGUGAUGCUGGACCAGCAGAGGAUUCGUCCAACCUCUUGCUCCUCUUCAUCCACCAUCGCGACUAUCUAUCUAUCGACUCUGGCAAUGCAUUAGAUAAAUCGUUGAUUUCCAUUCCACUUGAGACUGUCACUUUUCUUUUCUUUCUAGCUGACUAUCUCCAUUCCAUCUCUCUCUCUCUUCCCCGCGGAACUUAGUCUCUCACAUCCUCCAACCGGUUGAAAGCUCUCUCUCUCUCUCUUUCUUUCCUCUCGGGAUCGAGCAUCGGGAAAAUAAAAUAAAAUCAUCAUCCCAGCUCAACCAUCAUGUCCUCCCCCUUCGAUCCCCGCCCCCGGUUCGACUAUCUACUGGCCUCCCCGCUCACGGCCAUCCUCCACCCCGUCCACCAGCUCUUCCUCCGCCUCCGAGCACCCCCGCGGCUGCCUCCUCCCCAUGCGCCGCCCAUCCGCGUCGUCUGUCUGUCCGAUACACACUCGCUCGAAUGGGACGAUGUGCCCGAUGGGGAUCUUUUAAUCCAUGCCGGCGACCUCUGCAACGACGGCAGCGUGCGCGAGAUCCAAGCAGCGGUCGACUGGCUCAAGAAGCUGCCGCAUCCGCAGAAGGUGGUCAUCUGCGGCAACCAUGAUAGCUAUUUUGACGUGCGGUCGCGCCGUGAUGAGGACCGUGACAAGUCCCUGUCCUCCAUCUCCUCGUCCUCAGCCUCGAUCCGCUCCAUCGAGGACCCGGACAGCUCCCGCAUCGACUGGGACGGCAUUCACUAUCUCCAACACUCCUCCGUCACCUUGACCUUCCCGGCAUCCUCCUCCUCGUCCGCUCGAUCUCCAUCCCGAUCCCGCUCCCUCACCGUCUACGGCGCGCCGCAGAUCCCCGCCAUCGUCCCCUUUGGCCCCGAACAUGCCUUCACCUAUCCGGCCAAGCAUGACGCCUGGUCAGGCACAAUACCCAUUGAAACCGACAUCCUCGUCACUCACACCCCGCCCGCCUUCCAUCUGGACCUCUCCCCCGUCUUCUCGACCGGCUGUCCGUAUCUCCUCUCUGAGACCUGGCGCGUUCGACCGGCCCUCCACGUCUUCGGCCACGUCCAUGCCGCCCAUGGCCAGGAGCCCGUCUACUGGGACGAAGCCCAGCGCGCAUGGGAGCGCUUAUGUUCGCGACGCCGCCAAUGGCGCGGUAGCAUCUGGGGUCUAGUUCGCGACCUGCUCGAUGUUCGGGGCUGGCUGGACGCCGCACGUGUCGUGGCAUACGGCAUCGUGGGUGUCAUCUGGUCGCGCGUCUGGGGCGGGGAGAAUCGCGGAUGCGGCUGGAUGUUGAAUGCAGCGUGCAUGUAUGAGAAUACAGGCCGGUUGGGUAAUAAGCCGCAAGUGGUGGUGCUCUGAGCUGAGCUUGAGCCAUCAGGGGGAAUUGAGUUUGGUUGUUUUUCUACUUCGUUAAAAAAAGGUCGUCAUGGCCAUGGUCAUCAUCAUCAUUGCAUUUUUCUAGGUGUUUGUUAUAC